AUGGCUCCAAAGAAAUCAUAUAGUCUUGAGACAGAACUAGUGUUGGCAAAUUCAGGAGAUCAAUAUAAUGCUUCAGUACCACCAUUAUAUCAAUCAGCUACUUUUAAACAACCAUCAUUAUCAAAUAUGGGAGAAUACGAUUAUACAAGAUCAGGGAAUCCAACAAGAACUCAUUUACAAAAUCACAUAGCAAGAAUUAUGAAAUCUAAAUAUGCAUUUGCAGUUUCAUCAGGAAUGGGAUGUUUAGAUGUUAUAACAAGAUUAUUAAAACCUGGAGAUGAAGUAAUAGCAGGUGAUGAUUUAUAUGGUGGUACUCAUAGAUUAUUAACAUAUUUAAAUAAAAAGGGAGAUAUAGUAGCUAAUCAUUAUGACACAACAAAUACAGAAUUAAUAAAAUCAAAAAUAACCAAAAAAACAAGAAUGAUAUUUUUAGAAUCACCAACAAAUCCAUUAAUAAAAGUAGUAGAUGUCAAAACAAUAACAGAUCAUGCACAUGAAGUAAAUCCAGACUGUAUAGUGGUUUUCGAUAAUACAAUGAUGUCACCAAUAUUAAUGACUCCAUUAGAUUUAGGAGUUGAUAUACAAUAUGAAUCAGCUACAAAAUAUUUAAAUGGUCAUCAUGAUAUUAUGGCAGGAGUAAUAGCAACAAGAUCUCAAAAAUUAUCAGAACAAUUAUAUUAUGUAAUAAACUCAACUGGUUGUGGUUUAUCACCUUUUGAUUGUUGGUUAUUAAGUAGAGGAUUAAAAACUUUAGCAAUAAGAGUUGAAAGACAACAAGAAAAUUGUAUUAAAAUUGCAAAAUUUUUAGAAAAUAUUGGUUUCAAAGUAAGAUAUCCAGGUUUAAAAUCACAUCCACAAUAUGAAUUACAUAAUUCAAUGUGUUCAGGUUAUGGAGCAGUAUUAUCAUUUGAAACUGGUUCAAUAAAAUUAAGUGAAAAAAUUGUAGAAAAUACUGAUAUUUUUGGUAUAGCAGUAUCAUUUGGUUGUGUAAAUUCAUUAAUUUCAAUGCCAUGUAAAAUGUCACAUGCUUCAAUAGAUUCUAAAACAAGAGAAGAAAGAGAAUUUCCUGAAGAUUUGAUUAGAUUGUGUAUUGGUAUUGAAAAUUCUGAUGAUUUGAUUGAUGAUUUAACAAAAGCAUUGUUGAAAAGUGGAGCUGUUAAAAUUAAUGAUAAAGAUGAAUUAUUUAAUGCUGUUCAUAUUCAACCAAAAUUAUAG